AUGCGUCUCACAAACGCAUUCGCCAUCGCCCUGGCAUUCGCUGGGGCGUCCGUGGCGCUGACUCCCGAUGAGCAGCAGAAGCAGGCCUUCGCUGAACAGGAGAAGCAGCUCGCGAACCAGCAGAAAGCCAUGUUCGCGGAGCAGAAGCACGCCAUGGCCGAACAGGCGAAGCAGUUCACAAACCAGAACAAAGCCUUCCAGGAGCAUCAGCAGCACGUCGAGCAUGACCUGGGCAUCACCCCCCAGAAGUCAAAGAGCAGCCAGUCGCCCAAGAACUCCCCGGCCGACAGGAAGAAGUCAUCCCACAAGGAAGGCGGCCUUUCCAGCAAGCACCGGACUUCCAAAACUGGUGGUGGGAACAACAGACAUUCCCAGGGUAA